AUGUCCCCUGCCGAGUACGAAGCGAACAUCAGCGACGGCCAGGAGCUGCAGAUACAGCUGUGUAUUGACGACGCCGUCGGACUAAGGUCCUUCAGCCCAAAUAUGCUGCCGGAAAUCCAUGAUAUCUGCAUCGGUAACAUCAAAGCGUGUAGGCUGGACAUCCAUGGUGCCAUAUUUCUAUGGCAGAGGAGUAUGUACUCCAGCCGGCGAAACAGCGACGGUUGUCUACGCUGA